GAAAGAAGGCCCUUUGCUCCCGGCUCGGCGCUGUCUUCCGUUUGCUCUUGGGCUUCCCGAGCUUGCUCUCUCGCGGCUUUGUGCAUCUCUUUCUGUAAGAUUCGGGACCUGAGCCUUCAUGGCUGAGGUGAAAGUGAAGGUGCAGCCGCCCGAUGCGGAUCCAGUUGAAAUAGAAAACAGGAUUAUAGAAUUAUGCCACCAGUUCCCUCAUGGAAUCACAGACCAAGUGAUUCAGAACGAAAUGCCUCACAUAGAAGCCCAGCAGCGGGCAGUGGCCAUCAAUAGACUGUUGUCCAUGGGUCAGUUGGAUCUCUUAAGAAGCAAUACUGGCCUUUUAUAUAGAAUAAAGGACUCACAGAAUGCUGGCUCUGUCUCAGUCAUUCUAAGUAAAAUGAAGGGCUCAGAUAAUCAAGAAAAACUAGUAUAUCAAAUCAUAGAGGAUGCAGGAAAUAAAGGAAUAUGGAGCAGAGAUAUCAGGUACAAAAGUAAUUUGCCAUUAACAGAAAUCAACAAAAUCCUGAAGAAUUUGGAAAGUAAAAAGCUUAUUAAAGCUGUGAAGUCUGUAGCAGCUUCAAAAAAGAAGGUGUAUAUGCUCUAUAACCUACAGCCAGACCGGUCUGUGACUGGUGGAGCCUGGUAUAGUGACCAGGAUUUUGAAUCUGAAUUUGUAGAAGUGCUUAACCAGCAGUGUUUUAAAUUCCUACAAACCAAGGCAGAAACAGCACGGGAAAGCAAACAGAAUCCAAUGAUACAACGAAAUAGUUCAUUCGCUUCAUCACAUGAAGUGUGGAAAUACAUCUGUGAAUUGGGGAUCAGUAAGGUAGAGUUGUCCAUGGAGGACAUCGAGACCAUCUUGAAUACACUCAUUUUUGAUGGGAAAGUGGAGAUGACUAUCAUCGCUGCAAAGGAAGGCACAGUUGGCAGUGUAGACGGACACAUGAAGCUGUACAGGGCAGUCAGUACAAUCAUCCCACCCACCGGUUUGGUCCGGGCACCCUGUGGACUCUGCCCAGUUUUUGAUGACUGCCAUGAAGGUGGAGAGAUUUCACCAUCUAACUGUAUUUAUAUGACGGAGUGGCUUGAAUUUUAAUAGAGAGCUAUGAACGUUAUUGACAUUUUGCAAAUGAAGUUACUUUGGGAGCAAACAAUUUAAUUCAUGACGGACUAUCAAGUUUUCUUGAAAGAAAACUUCACAAUUAUGGAUAUAGACUUGUUGCUAUGAAAAUAUAUUUUUUUAUUUAUGAAGACAAAAUUUUUAUUGGUUAAGUAGCCAAAAGAAUAUGAAACAGAUAAGCUUAAUGGUGGAGUUCAUUCUUCAAUAAAUAAAAUACUUUGAAGCUC